GCGCCAGCCUGACCACGCGAAUCCUCAGCUUCCUACACAAUUUCUAAAUCGCCCAGCAAUAUAUCCGUAGAAAGUGUCAUUUCAUCGUGUCAUGGUAGCCGGGAAGAGCAAGAAAUGGUGGGUUUGGUGGAUCAUUAUUCCCAGCUGUUUUGCGUCUUGGAUGAAGUACAUCGAAGAGUAUGAUCCAAUCAAUGUGGCAAGGUGCGAUGCCAAGUGCGAUGGAUACUCACCAAUUGAUGAGUGUAUGAACAAUUGCUUGGCUCAGAAUUAUACAAAACCCGGGAAUUGUCCUGAGGAAAAUUCAAUGUCUCCGUUCGAAGCUGCCUGCUUGGAGGCAUGCGGAGAUGACUCGCAAUGCCCGGAUUUCACAAAGUGCUGCACUAAUGACUGCGGAGUCACUUGCAUGAUGCCGACGGGGUUAGAGGAGCGCGAUGAUAUACCGCCGAUACCAGACAACAUAGAGAUUCGUCGCGAAAAAACGACGAUGGUAACCCUCAACUGGACGACUAGCAAGAGAAGUGUGAAAAUGACAAAAUUCAAACAAGAUUUAAUAAAUGAUGAACAAUCGAGUAUCAGAUAUCUCGUUGAAGAACGUCACGUACUUGGGCCACGUUACUUGGAAUCGCGACUGAGUUCGUGGUCUGUGCGUCACGUUUCCAGCAAGCCACACGCGUCGAUUCGUGUUGGACUCAAAACUGGCCAUUGGUACCAAUUUAGAGUGGCUGCGGUUAAUGAGAAUGGCUCGGGAGGAUACUCAUUACCAUCUGUGCCCUUUAAGACUGCAGCCCCAAAAAAUCCACGAGAGCCCCGGAAUUUAUCGCUGAGUGGUGCACGUGUCCAGCCAUCAAAUGGAAACUUGAGAAUUCUGUUGCGGUGGAGGCAACCAUCGUCCGAUGUACCAAUCAUGUUCUACAAGCUCUUUUGGAGUCGUUUCAUACGCGGACCACCUAAUGACUCAAUUCUCGUUCAUCACCAGAGUGUUCCGAAGGAGAAAAAUUGUUACGAAAUAAAAAAUUUGGAGAUCGGCUUUCAAUACUUCCUCCAAGUCCAAGCGAUAUCCCUGUACGGAGAUCGUCGACUGGCAUCCCGUAAGGCGUCGAUAGUCUUCAACAGCACGGAUUACGAGAAAUACGCCGAGCCGGGGCGAAACGGAAGGUGUGAGCGGCACCAUGUGGAUCUGCGUGUGCGUCGAUUGAUCUGCCGGUGCGCCAAUGACAUCGAGGUGCGACUGGUGUGGCCCUUGGAUAGCCAUGCGUCCAAUUAUAACGUCAGUUGGACGGAGGAGAGUUGUCAAUCAUUGGAAAAAUCGAAGGACUCGAAGUUCAAUAAUCGAAAUCGAUACUUCGGCAUUGCACAAAAAACUCGAUACGACAUAAAAGGCCUCGAAAGAAACUGCACGUACAGCGUUCAAGUCCAGAGUAUAAGCAACGCUGGCAACAAAAAAAAACCCGCGCCCCAAGAACGAAAAUUAACAAUCGAAUUCGUGACAAACGAUUGUCAAAAUCGCCAGACUCGCCGCAAUGAUCGAGGAACAUCAAGGUGUAAAAGAAGAAAAGCCAGAUUAAAGAGACGUGAGAAUGUAUAUUUUUGAAGGAACCUAAAUUUAAAAAAAAUUAAACUCACUGUAAAUUUCAAUGGUAUCAAUCCUCAGUGAAUAAUGAUUCAUCUUAUAAUAAAACGUUGAAGUUUUCUCAUG